ACUAUACACGCACUCAUCGUCAAGAAUGAAGUUUCUAAUCUUUUUCGUCACUCUAUUUGCAUUUGCAAACUGUUUUAAUGUAGAACGCGCCGUCAGUUGCCAGCUUUUCUGCCCUAUGAAUUACCUUCCAUUGUGUGGCUCGGACGGCCACACCUACAGUAACGAGUGUGAACUACAUGCAACCAACUGCCUGCACAAAACACAAGUCACUAAAGUUCACAAUGGUAUGUGUGCUAGCGAUGGUGAUCUUCAACCAAUAGCCGUGUCACGCUGAUUGAUAAUUAAAAUGACAUUCUACAGUUGAAACUUUAAAA